UACGCCUAGGGGUACCCUACCCUACGCAGAAUCUACGGCGUACCGUACGCCGUAGGUUCUGCGUCGAUUUAACGCAGACUUGAUGCUGCCGCUCGCACCAAGUCCUUCAUGCUCAGGACUGGAGUCCCGACAGUCGCUACGGACAGGAUGAAGACUCGCUCUGCGCGUGGAAGCGAGGGGAAAUGAAGAUGAAGACCAGAAUGUGCCAAGGGGUUGGUGGCAUCAUCGUUGUUACCAUGGUUACCAGCUUUAUGGUGUACAACAGCAGCUCUGGUAACUCACCUUCCCCAUCCCCGUCAUCAUCGUCGUCGUCUUCCCACCAUCUGAAUGCAUCUGUUAUAGCCACAAAAAAACCAAACACACUCCCAACAUCAAACCUGGAGGGGUAUGCAAGUGUCAUGGAUCGUAAGCCUCUAAAAAUGCACUGUAGGACAUGUGCACUGGUGACCAGCUCUGGCCAGCUGACUGGAAAAAAGAGGGGUAAAGAAAUCGACCAUUCGGAAUGUAUCAUCCGUAUGAACGACGCUCCUAGUGCCGGGUAUCAACAGGACGUUGGAUGGCGCACAAGCCUGCGCGUUGUAGCUCACUCCAGCCUUCAAAGAUUUCUGCGGAAAAGACAGGAGCUGCUCAAUGUGAGCCACGACACAGUGUUCAUCUUCUGGGGACCAAGUAACUCCAUGAGACGGGAUGGACGAGGCCAUGUUUACAACAAUCUCAGGCUGUUGAACCAGCAGAUACCCACACUCAAAGUCUACAUCAUUUCCAGGAUUAAGAUGCUGAAGUUUGAUGAAUUAUUUAAGAAGGAAACAGGUAUUGAUAGGAAGAGCUCCAACUCCUGGCUGAGUACCGGCUGGUUCACCAUGGCGAUAGCUCUGGAGCUGUGUGACAGGGUCAACGUGUAUGGCAUGGUGCCUCCUGAUUUCUGCAGAUCCUCCUCUCAUCCAACUGUGCCAUAUCAUUACUAUGAGCCCUCAGGGCCAGAUGAAUGCUCAAUGUACUUUUCCCACGAGAGAAGUCAACGUGGAAGUCACCACCGCUUCAUCACAGAGAAGACGGUGUUUUCAAACUGGGCGCGAACUCUUAAUAUUCAAUUUUACCAGCCAGACUGGAAGCCCGCCGCCAUCAUCACCAGCGUCAACACAUCAAGCUCUCCAGCUCCACCUGGAUCCUGAGGCUCACUUCAUUGGCAAUCCUGACAAGAGCGAGAUAUGCCCGUGGACUGUUUCCAGCGUGCAGAUUUCUUUUCUGGCUAUUAUGAAUGCAUGAGACGGCAGAAGGGCAGAACAAGCUGCUUGUGCCUGUUAGCUGAAUGUCUUAGCGACUUGGCAGAAUGGGAUCAUUGAACAGUAAGGGCACAAAGCCUCAGAAAGUUUUGAAAGUGUAACUCUAACAGGGUGAGUUUCAUGCCGGAAUGAAGGCAAAGAAGAUUGGCAUCAGAUGGUGUAGUACUACUUUGUAAACAGUUGAGCUGUCAUAGAAUAGAAUUGACAGAGAGUAGGUUGCUGUGGAAAAAACAGGAUGGCUGAUCCAAACACAGAUUUAUGUGUAUAC